AUGGGCCAGGGUGAUGAAGAGCUCACACUGAGCAUGUGGAGGAGCUUGUUGAACCACAUCUGCAACAUUCACCAUGGCCAUGAAGGCCCCUAUACAGAAUGUCUCCACGGACCACUUGAAGACAGAGACUGGAUGUCAAGAGACUCGCAGGCCUUCAGGAAAUUGCGGGGCAUCCUGGAGAACCCUAGGCUUCUGGCUGACCUUCGCCACUUGUCUCCCAGAGCCCAAACGUCAUCGCUGGAGUCCUUUAACAACAUCCUCAUCCGGUUUGCUCCGAAAUCGGUGGCAUAUUCUGAAGACGGAAUGCAAGCACGGACACAGCUGGCUGUACUCCAUUUUAAUGAAAAUGCCUCAAGGGAGCAAGCAAGAACACGAGGAGGACAAAAAAGGUGGAAAGUGAAAAUGUCGAAGGCAAGGAAGGGUCACUUCGCUGCUUUUCCAGUCAAAACAGCACCCACCUUUGCCUAUGUCCGACUCCUCCUCCAGGAUGUCACGGAACGCUGCAAUGUCUCAGUGAGACAAAGUAUUAGCCAACAGAGCAGCUCACAAGGCCAUCACAUGACUGAUGCCUAUGUCGACAGGCCUUCAAAAGAAGAGCUCCUGAUGACCCAACGGCACGAUAUCGAACACAGAACUAGCUGUUUUUUUUUUCAAGAUAGUCGUUUGCUCGUCCAGUAGCUACAACAUAUUGUGAAAGUGUAAGUGGUUUGGUGGUAUGAAUACAAAAUGACAUUCUUUGUAAGGGAAGUGUAAUGCAUACAGGAUCAAGCACAGACUCAGCAUCCAAGUGAGCUGCUUGGCCAGCUUAGGUUUCUGAGCCAAUAUGAUAAUUGGGCAGGGGGGGGAUGCUUUUAAAAAUGUAAGAAGGACAAAUUUGUAGUACUACUAAUAAUAAUAAUAAUGUCAGGGCUUUUAUGUGCUAAAACCACAAUAUAAUUAUGAGGCACGCCGUGCUGGAGGGCUCUGGAAAAUUUACUACCUGGGGUUCUUUAACGUGCACCGAAAUUUAAGUACACGGGCUGCUAGCAUUUCACCUACAUUGAAAUGAGACUGCAGCUGCCAGGGUUGAAACUACAACUUU